AGAAUAUUAUUCUUAUUGUCAUUUCUGAAUACCUGGUGCCAGUACGAGGUAUUAAAGCUUACUUUAACAUCAACAGAAGGUUUGUAAGCAGCCUCCUAUUGACACACACUGCUGUGAUAGGCUGCUGUUCAACCAAAAAGGGGAAGAGACCUGACAGGAAGGGAAUUAUAUGCUGCUAGCGCAUUGUGACCACAGCCUUAGAAGAGGAUUAUUAUAGAAGCAGUUCCAACAAUUCUUCUACAGGUUUGAUGGGCUGUAGUGAAAAUGUCAUCUGGCAUCAACCAAUCAGAUAAGCAGCCUGCUAACAACUGCACCCCAGAUAUCAUUAUGUCCAGCACAGUUUUUCCUCUACUGUAUUCCUUACUCUUCAUUGGUUCCACCAUUCUCAAUUGCUUGGCUCUUUUCAUAUCACUUCGCAUUAAAAGUACAACAACAUUCAUUGUUUAUUUAAAAAAUGUGAUCGCUGCUGAUGUGCUGAUGACCGUCGCAAUCAUCAUUAAAGUGUUUGCAGAUUCUGGCCUUGGAUCUUUGCAUCUUCAAGCCUUCGUUUGUCGCUAUUCUGCUGUUAUUUUUUAUUUGACCAUGUAUAUGAGCAUUAUUCUGCUUGGUCUUAUCAGCUUUGACCGGUACCUUAAGAUUGUAAAACCAUUUGGUAAAUCUGCAAUACGGGACCCUAAAUUUGGGAAAAUCUUGACAGGCAGCAUUUGGACAGUGAUGUUCUUUACAACGGCACUACCAAACAUGGUACUGACAGACCAGGAACCGCCAAAAGUCAAGGUGUUAGAGUGCAGCACCAUGAAGGGCCACUUUGGACUGUUGUGGCACAAGUUAGUCGUCUAUGUCUGUAGUGCCAUUUUUUGGUUAGUGUUUAUCAUGAUGAUCAUCUUCUAUACUUUCAUCAGUAAGAAAGUAUAUGAAUCUUAUCAAAACUCCUCAAGUAAAGAAAGAGAUCCUUCAAAGAAAACUACAGCCAAAGUGUUUAUCGUAGUAUUCGUGUUUUUCUUCUGCUUUGCUCCAUACCAUAUCCUCCGGAUUCCUUACACUAGGUGGCAAGCCGGAGCAAAAGCCAACUGUAUGUCACAGAAUGCCAUGUACCUUGCCAAGCAGUUUACCUUGUGGUUAUCAGCCGCUAACACUUGUCUAGACCCACUGAUAUAUAUAAUUCUAUGUACAUUAUUUAGAAACAGACUGUUGAAAAUGAUAAGACGCAACAGAGAUAAUCUGUAUCCUUUAGAAGGUACACUGAAAGGUGAAGACACAUCUCAACAGAGUGGCACAUAAAGAGUGGAUGUCACUUAAAAAAUGAAAUGAUCUUCUAAUUACCAAUAGGGAUUUUGCAUAUUCUUCAAGUUUCUGUGCGGGCAUUUCUCUGGAUUUUCUCCAUAAUCCCAAAGAUAUAGAACUGGCAACUCUAAAUUGGCCUUUCAUGAAUGAAUGUGCCCUGUGGUACCCUAUGACGGAAUGACACCUCAUCCAGAGUGGGCCCCUACCUUCUCCCACUGUUCCCUCCUAAGAAAAACUGGAUAAGAAGAUUAGAAAAUGGACAGAUGGAACUACAUCAAUAUACAGACAGACAAAAAAAAGCAUUAAAUUCUUCCAUAUGGUACAUAGAAAUAAUAUGGCUGCCUUUUGGGAGGGGUUUGUGUGUUUUCCUUGAUUCUUUCAACCACUUCAAGUCAUGAAGUCACAUGGACGGGUGAUUCUAAACUGAGCAAGUGCUUCCUGUGAUGGAAUGGCAUUCCAUUUCUGAUGGUGACUGGAAAAAAGGUGCUUUAAAGAAAAUGGACAUCUGGAAAUUGUUUCAGUUUAGCAUCAGCUAUAUUCCAAAGUGUUGUUUCCAUACAGAUAUGUGCAAAUGUUAUAAUAUAACUUGAUGUAAAAUUAAAUUUGGAAUAGGUUAUCAGCUCAUACUUUGUCAACCGACAGGUGAAUCAACUCCAUUAAAUAUAAAAGAAAUAUUUUCACUGUUCUACACUUUCUAUUUAGGCUUAGACAUACAGAAUGCUCUAAAAUAUGUAUGUGAUAUACAGCCACAUCUGUGUGACUCUGAGCAAGUCACCUAAUCUGUCUCUGCUUUGCAAAGCAUCUGGAGAUGGUUUCUCUAUUGAAAGGCACUAUACUUUAUAAUUUAUAGUUCUUUGAGGAGCUGAAACAAAAUGUGCCUUGAAGUAGCAUGGCAUGCUUUGGGAGGGUGUUCGCUAUUGAAAAGGUGCUACAACAAUAAAGUGUUUUAGAUUGUAUUAAAAAGAAGGAGUUAUAAUAAAGUUAGCAUAAAACAAACAGUUCUUCUGAAAAUCCUGGCAUCCCUUCAGACUUUUUAGUGAACAUGUGUCAGUGAUUUUCUGUGCACUCUCAGCAGUCUUCCACAUUUAGCAAAGUUGCAAACCAAACCUUGAUCUGUUCUGAUUGAUUUUACUUGUACUUGCACUUUAUUUGUGUUUUUGUUUGAAAAUGUGAAUGUGGCUUUUUACAUUUUCACACUGGCAAUUACUAAGAAAACAUAUUAGAAAUCUGGAGGAAAAAAAAGGAGACAUUGGCAUUGUGCAAUAAUGAAUGUUGAAAAGUUAUUACAAAGGUUACACAUCUGUAGUGUUACAGCUCUGGAAAAUGAUUUCUUUUUUUGCAUUUGAAUGUGCUAAGGAGACAAAUAAAUACAUUAUGCAAUAA